CUGGCCUGUCUAGGAGGUGACCAUCUUUAUAACUUGCUACGCAUAGCAAAAUCAAAACAAACGAAAAAUUUAUUGCAAUUGGCUAAUGUUUUUUUCCGCUUGCAUACCUGUCGUUCCAUCAAUACAAUCAAUUAUGCAGUCGGCGUUGUACAGAUUGGCGUUGUAAAUACAUUGAUUUGUAAACAAUGGACGGAGACGAACGGGUGGAACCCCAGACGGAACAUAGUGAUUACAGUAUAGAGGCAUUGGAUGAUGUCGAUAUUUCGUCAUUUUCUGGAAAUGAUCAUGAAAACGGAGAUAUUGAGCCACAGUCGAAAAUUCAACGAAUGGAUGUGAUAGACAUUCAGCCACCAGAAAACGAAUCCGAGCGGGAAUAUAACUUAUCUCUAAAUGGAGUUUUCUUCAAAAGACGAUUUGUGGGCGAAACGUCCGGAAGCCAAGUUACUGCUCGUAUUAUGUAUGGGAAUACGGUGAAUGAUAUUCUUCACCAUAUUUGGGAUGUAGCAAAGUGCUUCAUCUCUCGCGAAGUGAUUAUAUGCGAAGAACAAGGGUCACAACAGGCAGCGUGGGCUAAGGCAGAGUCUAGUUUUGAAGACCUUUCAAAGUUUGUCGUGCUGCAAGACCCCCAACAGAAAAGGCGAGUGAAUGUCGACAAGCUGGACAGCAAAGCAUUAAUUAACUGGCGUCACAAGGAGAUUAGGAUACACGUACACAUGUAUUCUACUUCAGUUGCAUGUAAGUCACUAUGGGAUGUUGUGGAUAAGCAACUAGUGCGCCACCAGAAUGCGGAUCGCGCAGGAGCCCCAAGUAACCAAGCACUCACAACACUUGCUGAAGAGCUACGGAACAAGCAUGGUAGCUGUCUCACUGGCCACUCAAGUGCUUGGAAACUGUGGGCUAACUAUAUUCACACAGGACCCGCUCAUGAAAGAGAUCAAAGACUAUCAUCACUGCCACCAACCUAUCUACUAAAAUUUUUCCGUUCGGUUCCUGUAUCAGAGGCUGUUCGGAUGAAUAGUAUACGCAGCGGUCUCAACGUGGCCAACACGAUAAACGAUAGCUUUGCGGCGGAAUUGGAUGAAUUGGAUUCAGAAGUAGAGCAGCUAAUAUCGCUGGGGAAACGUCUCAAAUCACGUAUCCAAGCGAUGAGAUUACGUUGUGCUACCAACUUAAGCCUCGUAUCAUCUAUGCAGGAAUCAAUAAGGCCAGAAGAGGAUGAAUUAAGCAGAAGCUUGGUCAGUAAAAUUUCGGAUAUGCCAGAUGUAGACCACUUGUAGUUUAAUAAAAGAGAUGUUUUAUUUUCAUUGUAAGUUUUAUAUCUGAACUGUUAAUAAUAAACUAUCCAUGAGAUGUACCGUUCCACUAGGGUGAAACAAAUACCAACAAUUAGUCAUAAGCUGUAUCCAAAUCAAAUCCUAGUUCUGUCAUGUCUUGCGAUAGACCAAUUGAAGGAUCGAAAAUACCCCCAGGAAGAUAUCCACAAUGUUUAUAAAGCUUUGAGCAAUUAUAUCCGGAAUAGGCAAAAAAUGUUGCUAUUGCAGUAUGUGACAAAUUCUCAUUGGAAUUU